AUGGAUUCAGAACCGACAGCCACCGCAGACGAACCCGUCCCGCUCACCCGCGUCCCUACUGAAAUUCUCGCCUCCAUAUGCUCAUACCUGCCCAACAAGGACAUCAAGGCGCUCCGGUUAGCCGGUCCGAGCAUCUGUCACGCUGUUACGCCCCGAUUCACUCGCGUCUUUCUCUCGCCUAAUCCGCGCAACUUGGAAGUCUUUCGCGCUAUCGCGUCCCACCCAACCUUUCGCCUUGGCGUCCGCGAAAUCGUGUACGACGACGCCCGCCUCGAAGACCCCCAGCAGCAAAUUGACCGUCAGAAUAUAAUCACCACCUUCAACGGGAAUCCGCAUUAUAUCAUGGACAUAACGACUAUUAUGACUCGGGAACAUCUGCGCGAAGGGCCGCCGGAGGGGAAAUCGCCCCUCGGCUCUGAAGAGGCCAUGAUGUGUGGGUGGUUUUGGGAUCGCAGACGGAACAACGUGUGGGAUCUGCAUGGACGAAACGCCAAUGAUACGGGCAACGUGGAGCGGCAAAUAGAGAGGCAGAAGCAGAAGGCUGCGCAGGCUCCGCUUGUGGAAACCUUUUGGUACUACAUGGACUUGUUCUCAAAGCAGGUCAUGGCGAUGCAAGCGAAUGACGAUUUACACGCGCUGGAGGAGGGCAUAGAGGCUUUUCCAGCACUAGAGAGGAUCACAGUGACGCCAGCUACGCAUGGAUACCUGUACACGCCGCUGUAUUAUACACCGAUGAUACGAAGUUUCCCGUACGGCUUCAACUAUGCGAUCCCGAGAGGCUGGCCGAUGAUUGAUGAUCCACUGCUGCACCCAAGCGUACCGUUUAGGACUGUUUCAGGCCAGAUCGACAACGCGUGCGCGGAAAAGGCAAACUGGAGGGGACUGAUAUUGGUGAUUAAGACGCUGGCGGAGCGGAUACGAAAGGGCCAGCGUGUAGUGCCGGAGCUGGUUUUCGAUGUGCAUAGCUUGCACACGGGCGUCAGUCCGUACAUACUGACGCAAGACUGUGAGGAAUAUCAAAACCUGGCACUGAUUCUUCAGCAGACAACUUUUCGUCGACUGGAUCUCCCGGUUCUUAUUGACAGAAGUUCAUCUGACAUCCUCGGCAUGCUCAGAAACGGCGAACUAAAGAGCCUUCUCGCCCAGGCUCGUCACCUCGAGCACUUUCGUCUUCGGGGCAACGGCCCAACCCGCUCAUUUCGAUCCCAGGCCCAGACCAAGCCAUUUUUUCCACUGCAGUCUCUGCUGCCGGUCGACGCAUGGCCGCAUCUCCGUCACUUUGGCCUCUCCCAGUUUGUCGUGCGCGUGUCAGAUCUCGUCGCCGCACUGGGCGCGCUGCCCCCGACGCUGCGCACCGUGGAGCUGAGUUUCCUUGAGUUUGACGACGCUACUGAGCGCCGCGCCAACCACGCCAUGCUGCUCGAAAAGAUGAAGACGAAUCUAGACUGGGCGGGCCGGGAACCGGCCGCACGGCCGCAGGUGACGCUGGGCAUGGCAAAGGUCAAGAAUAAUGUCAUCGGCCGCGGCCUGUGGUUCAGCAAGGAGAUUGGCGAGUUCCUGUACGACGGCAAGGAGAACCCGUUUGGGUGGCACAGGGACGUUUUGCUGCCUGGUGUGGGAUGGUUGGUGGACGAAUACGACGAGGAUUUUACGAGGCCGUAUGUUGGAUACAAGGAUUACCGUGCGCUGUGGUAUUGCGAGAAGACUUAG